UUUCUUGUUGCUCUUUCUUUAUUCUUAAAGAUAAUGACUCCAGAAUAUCAACAGAGCAGCUCUUUAUGUAUUUACGCUGAGCAAUAUGUAUGUUAAAAUCUAGGCCACAGUUAUGAGCUUCAUAGACACCUUAUUUGUAAAUCUGUCAGAUGAUUUUAUGAACAUUUUCUGUCAAACUAAAACAUUUCCUCCCUCCAGUUCUGCAGACACAGAUGAGACUCUGAGACAUCAUCAUCUUUUUUUCUACCAACUAGUUGACUGUCAACUCCAAGGCUGCCUUGCCUCGCAUCCUUGAAUCAUCCUCUCCGCGUGUCCUGACGGGGCGGGGUGAGCGCGUGUGCCACCCUGGCUCCUAUGGCAACCCCAUAGAUUAGCUCCAUCGAUAUUCACGUUAUUAGAAAGCGGAGGGGGGCAAACUGAUGGAUCCGUGAUGUCAGCUCUGUGUAAAUGCAGCAGCAGCAGCAGCAGCGUGUGUGUGUCACCACCUUGCACUGACAGAGAGCUGGGGUAUUUUGGGGAGGUGGAGAUGCUGCUUUGUCAUUGAGGAGCUCAGCAGCAGCAGCAGCAGCAGCAGUAUCCGCGUUAUUCUCUCACUCCGGCACGUCCACCGCUCAGCAUGCUGCAUCCUGAUGCGCUCUCGUCUGCACGCUGUUGGGUUACCUGGAUUUACAUGCGUUUCCCAUUCACCGCCUCCAAAUGACCGUCGGAUUGUUGACGCAUUUCAAUGGGAGAGAGGCACGUCCCAAGUGUCAGAGAAGAUACAACCUGUCCUGCGGAUGCGCCGUCACUGUUUUGCCUCCAGCAGCACCCUAAGCGUGUUAGAUUCAUGAUUCAUCCCUGUGUUUGCACGGGCUAUCCUUAGAGCGCGUCUCCUUCUGCUUCUUCACAAUGGAAAGAUUCCAGUCAUCCAUGCGCAAACGGCUCUACAGCCUGCCGCAAAACAUUGGGCAAAAACCCUUUGUGAUUGACGAUGGAGACAACGGUGACAAGGACACCAAGAGGAAAAGUAUUCGGCUAAAACAUUUGUCCUCCCCGUCUCCUGCGAGCAGCUGCAGGAGCAUUGAAGAGGCCAGGAGCGAAGACCUGGACAGCAGGGAACGGGAGGUGAUUGUGAAGACCAACUUGAACGGGGACUGUCGCUUAUUCAGGGGCAGUAUCUCCUCCAUCACCGGGCGGCAUGCUCCCGGGUCAGAUCCAGCGGAGCAGCGGCGCCUCAUCCCUGAGGCUGAUGCCGGAGUCAGUGAGAGUUUCCCCGGUGAGCGCGGCCCCGGGGCCCAGCAGCGAGGAGCGGGGAGUCUGAGCGGUGCAACCGGGCAAGCCUCCACGUUUGACCAGUCAAGUUUCAUCAAGUUGGAGGGGACCGAGCAGAUAAUACCUGAGGACGACCGGCUGUACCAAGCCGGCUUCAUGCACCGACAGUUUGGGGCGAUGCUCCAACCGGGAGUCAACAAGUUCUCCCUGCGGAUGUUGGGCAGUGAGAGGGCCGUGGAGCACGAGAGAGAGCGCGUAAAGUCUGCUGGCUUCUGGAUAAUCCACCCGUACAGUGAUUUUAGGUAAUAUGCACCCACGAAACAUUGAUUCAUGUCUUGUCUGUUUGUCUUGAUUCUGCAUUGACUGCUACAACACAAUAAGAUCCGAGUAAACUUGAUGCAGACUGUUAAUCCUCUAUAUGUCAGCAGUGUUUUUUUGUCUUUGAUCACUGUGAUGAUGAUAUUAUGAUAACAUGAUAAUCAGGAGAGUGAGCUCCUGCUGAAUAUCAAGCUGUAUGUGCCUCACUAAUCCAUGCACACAUUGACUAGAUAACUGGCUUUGUUUCUGAAUCUGAUCCAUUUCUAUUGACUUCAAUUCUCUCAACCAUGCAGACCUUUCUCUCAAGAUGUAUGUAAAGGAGUUUGCAGGCGUAGAAAAUCCUCAUAGAAGCACAAUGACAGCUAAUUUCUUUCAUACAUAUGUAAAACAUACAUUAAGUCGUUCUUUUGUUUGCAUGCAUAUGGAUUCAUUUACAUGAUCAUCUUAGAUUUCUGCAGUUUCCUCUAUCUAUAGAUUAAAGUGUGCACCAAACUCCCUAAUUUAGCAGAUAUGCAUGCAUGCAAGCGUGCAUGCUGCAUACAAACCAUCGCUCGCUCCGUUCAUCAUCACCACCAGCAAGGCUUUUUCAUGACAUUUAACCUUGAGGCUCACUGUCAUCAUAUUUUCACCGGCCAGUUGUAUGCCGAUGUGUGUCACUGCAGUUUUUUUCCACUCAUCUGAAUUACACUUUUUUUUUUUGAUCAUUUAGCCAGGGCAGUGGAUUACAGAGAGUGCAGCAGGAGCUUGGAAAUGGGGUAAUCAAAAUAGGGUAACAUGACCAUUCAAGAUAUUAGAAGCACACAUCAGUGCAGAUUAUUACAGUACAAUUAGUCUAAUGGAGCAGAGAUGGUGUGGAUGGGGAGGGGACACACCACAAACACUGAGAGAGAGAGAGAGAGAGAGACAGAAAGAGAGAGAUUGAAAUCAAAUGAUGGGAGGAAUCAGGAUGCCCAGCUGUUGACUCUGAGGUGUCACCACUUCAUGUUGGUCUGGGUCACACUUUUGAGCAGGAGAUGUUUGUUUGUUUAUUUAUUUAUUUAUUUUGCACCCCGUGGUCGCGUCCUAGGCUGAACUUUUUAUCCUGCAGAUCUUAUUUCAAGAACCAGGUGGAAACCCUUGCACUUUAAAGAGUAUUUGGGUGUUCUUUGGCUUAGGGGACACUGUUGAAUCCAAUCUUAAUCCCGCAAACAGUCGACUCCUCUCUCAGAGAUUUGUGCCAGUUAUGUGCCGAUACACUGUGUGUGUGUGUUUUUUCAUGGCCGCUCCACAUCAGCUCAGCUAUCCAAGCAUCCUCUCCCUGUGUCUUUUACAAUCACAGUCCUUCUGUUGUUUAUUCCACCAGCAACUGCUGUCUUUUAUUAAAGCUUUGUGUGGAUGCUCAACUGGCACGCUGCGUAAAUAUGGUUAAUAUGAUUGCGGGUGGGCCUGAGCCACAGUACAGGUGUGUGUUAAGCCACUGAGCUGCAUGCAGGCUGUUGUGCUUCAGCUGCGCGCUGGCAGCAAGAGAUAAGUAUCUCUAGUACAAAUGUGAUCCCUUUUCAGCUGUCCUGAUUGAUCUAAGCUCCUUUCACCAUUUUAAGCCUUUUUGUGUUCACUUUGCCUGUAACUCCCAUCUCUGUGUGCUCAUAUGCUCUUUUAACGUAGUUGCACUCUGACCCAAAUAGUCCAAGAUUCCUCUCUGGACCAGUGGUGGUCCAGAAACUCUCACAGCGGUCUGCUUUAUUUUCAUGGAAACAACAGAUUACACCAACAAGUUGUCUGAUCUUCUGUGGUUUGAAUGCUGCGUGCACAGUCAGCUGAUGAGCAAACCGGAUGGUCUGCAGGGGACGGCAGUAAUGCACUGUCCCCUGCAGACCUUUUUUUUAUUCGUGGUCCAGCUGUUCCAGCAUUCUGCAGCACGGUGACGUGUGCAGAGCAGUUAUACUAACUACUCAACAUCUGGCUGAUGGGAGCUGACUUCUGGAGAUGACAUGGAUUCCCAGGAGAUAACGGUGGAUUUAGUCAGCGAGGGGGGGGUGCAAUUAGGACCACUGUGUCACCAUAGAGACAACGGGCAGAUGAAGAGGGGAAUGCAAAUGCUUUGUUUGGCAGAGAACAACAGAAAGCUGAUUAGAACAAAUGGCCACCCUGCCCUAAAUGGUUACCUUUUUUUUUUUGUAAUCAUGUUCUUCUGUGAGGGUUCGGUGUAAGUAACUAGAUCAGGUCAGACUUUGCUGAACUCUGUUUGUAGGCUGUUAUGUACCCUGGUUACAUCUCUGAUGUUGGUCUCUCUUUUUUUUAGACUAGUUUGAGGCCAAAAGUUGCACCAUGGUUGGAACACGAAGCAGUUUGGAUUUCGUUUGAAACAUCACAAAGCUACACAUGUGGCCAAAAACUCCAAUUUCUCCUCAAUCUUCGCGGAUCGAGGCUUUCAUCUGUAUCUGUUGGCAGAAGGGUUAGACUUCGACUUGGACUUUCUUUAUUUGUCAGUGCACAGAAUAAAACACAGCAGUGAUUUCUCUCUGCAAUGAAAUGUCGUUGCUUGGCUUCCAUAUCACAGCAGGAUGGUGUUCAAUUUAAUAUACAGAAAAAAAUAAAAACAAUAAAAACUGAAGGUAAAACAGCAGCAUGGUGAGUAAUAUUGCACUUUCCGGAGGUAGAGUGGUAGUGGAAUAAAAACCAAAUAAAUAAAAGUAUAUAUAAAAAGAUAUAUGUUCUUAUUUACACACAAUAAGUAGUAAAAACAGGAGCACAGUGCUGCAGGGUGGGAGUGGUGGGUUAUAUGGAGGGUCAUUUGGCAUUUAGCAGUCUGGCAAGGGGGAAGAAACUUAGUUCGUUGUUGCGGUAUGGGUAACCAAAGUGGAACCGUCGACCAAAUAUAAGUUUAGGGUGUCAAACCUGAUACCAUCAACUAAGACCAUUAGUUAUCCCCUAAAAAAUCAAUCAGCGACAGUUAAAUGAUCAUGUGACCAAAACCAACAAGAACAGAGCAGCAUUAAAGAAGAGUCUGAUGUUAGUUCAAGUCGGCUUUACGUGUUUUUCCAACAAUAUCAUAAAUCAACUUCUAUCCCACUCGUAUCAGUGGGGUGUCCACUAUCGACCAGAUAUUUGAACUCAUAUUUGAAGGCACAUAAAUGAUAUACUUGAUCAUCUGUAUCUGUCACAAGCACAGGGAUCAAAGCAUGUAGUGACCGUUGUGCUGCCUCACUAACCCCGAGGACCUCUUAAGUGGUGUAAUGCAUGCGCCAUCACAUGUGAACAACCCCCCACACUUACAUACACACACAAACACACACACACAAAUAUAAACAGGCAAACAGACACAGUCCAUGCUGGCCCUGUAGGUGUGUCGGGCUUCUGUGAGAUCGAUCACUGUUAAUUAGUCCGCUGAAAUGGAUCCAACAUGCUAUCUCAUGUAUGCAUGCACACAUGAACACACUCAAGAUGGUGGUUUUUAGCCGUCUCUGUUUGUUGGCUGGCUUUUGAGCAGCUGAGCUAACGUUUGUAAGUACAGCAGUCUGCGACAGAAGAGAAUAAAUACAACAUGACACAUCGAGUCAGACCAGAUUACUAUUUCAGACUUCCUGACUGUUGGCUGUAAUGAGCCAAAUUUGUUCAUGUAGCCCUGAGAUUAGAUAGAAAUAUUAUUUUGUCCUUUUUGUAAACAAUAACUUAAAUCAGCCCCCUUCUUCAUGCGAUUAUAGAUGUGAUUGAACUCUGUGCUGCUGACACUUGAGGAUUUGGUUAGUUGUGAAAAUCAAUACUUCCUUUUGAGCCUUUCAGAUGAAUUCCAAUAACCCAUUUUCCUCUCUGUCCCCGUGGCCACGGGCCCAGUAUUAAAGUGAAUUAGAGGAGUAUUGUUGCUGUCGAGAAUAAGCGCUUUGUUAAUGUUUGCGCUCAGGCAGUUUGUUUGCAGUGUUUUUUUUGCUCACUUGAACAUAGAUCUGCUGAAAUUGGACUUGCAGUGUGAGGCUGAAGGUUGCUCAGGAAUGUAUUUCUGUUUGAAGUCUUUAAAAGUGCAGAUUUGCUUUGAAAUUCAGAACACACCAGAAAAAAGCCAGACCCCUUCUUUUACAUUUGAUCUAAUUGCUGUUAAUUCAUGAGCUGUUUCUGCAUUUCUCCAUUUUCCAAAAUUUCACAACAAGACGGUCCAAACCACUGAUAUAUAACACUCUCACUUUGGCAACAUUGACCAGGUUAUUUCAGCACAGAUUAACCCAAACAUGAUCAUCUUGAUUAUCAUCUGUGAAUGUGUAAAAAACCAUGGAAACAACAACUCUAAUCCCAACAUUUAUUGGAUUGAGCUCACUGCUAGUUUUGGGCUAAAACUCAAAUGUUUGCAACGCUACAAAAUUGGAAGGCUAUAAUUUCUCAUAUUUGAUCAGCUGAAAGGGAGCAGGUGUUGAGAUUUUUGUUUUAAAAAACACCAGAGAAAUGAAAUGUGAUGGAGCGCUGUUGUAAUUUUUAACCAUGAGGUUCUGCAGGUCCAACGUCCUCCAUCAUUCUCUACUUUUCUUCCAAUCUAUUCAGUCGACUCGAUUCUUCACUUUUUCCAAGAUGCUGUGUUUAAGGUUAUUUGGUUUUCUGAGGAUAGGUCUUACUCGAUAAAUAAUGUGUGGCCAUGUGUUUCAGGUUCUACUGGGAUCUGACCAUGCUGCUGCUGAUGGUGGGAAACCUCAUCAUAAUCCCCGUGGGCAUCACCUUCUUCAAGGACGAGCACACGCCACCCUGGAUCGUUUUCAACGUGGUCUCAGACACUUUCUUCCUCAUGGACCUCGUCCUCAACUUCCGCACAGGCAUUGUCAAGGAGGACAACACGGAGAUCAUCCUGGACCCACAGCAGAUCAAGAUCAAGUACCUGAAGAGCUGGUUCGUGGUGGAUUUCAUCUCCUCCAUCCCCGUGGACUACAUCUUUCUCAUCGUAGAGACCCGCAUUGAUUCGGACUUUUACAAGACGGCGCGAGCUCUGAGGAUCGUCCGUUUCACAAAGAUCCUCAGUCUGCUUCGGCUGCUGCGCCUCUCCAGACUCAUUCGCUACAUCCACCAGUGGGAAGAGGUAGAUCCUGCAGGAGCAUGCUGUUUGGAUCUCCAUAUGAGCUGUAGCAGAAAAUGAGCUGGCUACUGUUUUCAUGAUUUUUUUAGUCUUUUUCACAGACAAAAAGCUGAAAGGAUUUAGGUUCUGACCUCUGAAAAGUUGGUGAUAUCCAUUUCUUAAUUUAUGGCAUGCAAAUCAAACAGUAUUAGCUUCGUGUUUGUAUGUUGCAGCACUUGAUGCAGUGUUUCUUUGAAUGAGGUGCUGUUUGAAAUAAGCCUUUUCUUUCACUGAUAUUUUCUAAAUUUACUUAAACCUUAAGACCACAUUUCAUUAAAUCCUGAAGCUCAUUUUUAAAGAGGCGUGCAGAAGGAGAUGAUUUGUUGGUUCUCGUUCUGCAGCUCAGGCACCCUCUCACACACUCGAUCCAUUUACUAAAUGCAGGAAAAUAUCUUUUGUUCUCUUAUUUCUAUAAUAUCAACCAAGGCUCCAUUCUCCACAGGCCAUUAAUGUUGUUUGCAGAUUGUUACGCAACACCGAGCCACCCUCUGCUGGUAGAUUAAGAACAGUAUAGGCUGAUAUAGGAUCUGUAUGUCUAUCGGCCCACACAGCACCUCCUGUAUGUUUCAAAUCCUCUGAUUGCAUGAGAGAGUCCAAACAUCACAGAUUUAUUCACAGAGAGAUGUGUAUUCGAUGAUGUUUGAUUAAUGCUGGUAAUCUGUGUCACAGGUUUUCCAUAUGACUUAUGACCUGGCCAGCGCCAUGGUGCGCAUCAUGAACCUGAUCGGCAUGAUGCUGCUGCUGUGUCACUGGGACGGCUGUCUGCAGUUUCUGGUUCCCAUGCUGCAGGACUUUCCUCCUGACUGCUGGGUCACCAGAAACAAGAUGGUGGUAAGUGGAUUACUUAUGAGUCACACACAACCAGACUGUGCUCCUGUUGAAGCCCCAAAUCUGAGUAUGAAUGAUUUAGUCCUACAUGAAAAUAACAUUUGAUGAAAAAAGAAAAAAAAAACUGGGACUGAGAGAUUAUCUUCUUUUGGGUUUGAGCUUUUUUUCAAUGUUCAAGGUGGGCGGGUCUCUGGACAAAAGAUGAUCUCACCGACUUUUUUUGGACUGAUCACAGGUCAUAGUUGGAUUCACUGAUGAAGUAGAGCAUAGUCACAGUCUCAUAACCAAAUCACAGAGGCUUUUUUCUUGAAUAACCUUUUGUUCUGGUGAUUUAGUAAAGAAAUAGUCAUUAAAGUUCAGUUCUCACUUGUAUGCUCGAUGCAUCAAUGUUGGCAAUGUUUCGCUAAACUUCCUCCUCCCUCUCUUUCUCCGCCCCUCACAGAACGACACUUGGGGUCAGCAGUACUCCUACGCCCUGUUCAAGGCCAUGAGUCACAUGCUGUGCAUCGGGUACGGCCUUUACCCCCCCAUCGGCAUGGCUGACGUGUGGCUCACCAUCCUCAGCAUGAUCGUGGGCGCUACCUGCUUCGCCAUGUUUGUUGGGCACGCAACUGCGCUCAUUCAGUCCUUGGACUCCUCAAGGAGGCAGUAUCAGGAGAAGGUGGGUGUUCGCCUUGCUGGCAAAAAACAAGCAGUGGGAAGGAGCUUGGUUCAGAUAUUGUCCUUAAAUACAGAAUGUAACCCUUUAAUGCCUGAAAACGCAAAUUAUGGCCAGAAAAUUCAAGUUUUUUCUGGAGCUGAAAUGUUUAUUUCACUUACUGCUGAAAAACCAAAAAAUUAAAAUGUCCCUUAAAUUGAACAAAUAUAUUUAUUUAUCUCAUGAGAUACAAUACAUGUACAUUUUUAUCAUUUAACAGACUGUAUUCAGGUGUUUUUUUGUAAUUUGUUGAUCAUGUUUAAGUAUCAUAAAAGUAUGUAUCAAAUAUGAUACAAACGGCAUUAAAGGGAUAAUAUUUGUUUUAUAGGACGUAAUUCUACUUCUUGCAGUGAUGCUUGGUAUUCAUGAUCCAGUAUCAAAAUAAAUAACACUGUGAGACUAAUAAGGAUAAUGUUUUUCUUUAGCUAGAGUAUUUUUGUUUAAUUCCAUAAAGAAUUAAUCUGCAGUGUUUUUUUUAACUUGAAUAAGACUUAAAGUGCAAAACUUUAAGUAACUUCACAUUCACAGUAAAAAAAAUAUCCCCAUGGUGACCCAAAUAAGGAUUUGAAUCCCUGUUCUGUCACAGAUCUCAAAAAGAAUCAUGAUAAAAAUGAUCGACUGAAUAUUUCAUCCAGGCUUUACUCACCUGUUAAAUGAGAAAAUACCACAGGCACUCAAAGUGAGACAACAAGAGGACAUAAAGCAACAUAUGAGAGUGAUAAUUGUUCGUAUGCUCGAAAUUAACAUCUACUGUCAGACAGUGGAGCGAGGUGACCUCCAGCGGUUUACACCAUCCAUAGAUUGGGCACACACUCCAGUCAUAUGUGCAGUUCUGGUGGAGCACAGGCUGAAGGACACAGUAGUUAAUGUUAUUAGCCUGCAUAGAGCUGCUGUAUUUGUCAGAUGGGACGGAGGCGCAGCGUUGCUCUGUGGGCAGGUUUCACAGAUGGUCUGACAGUUAACAUAAUGAGACACAUUAUAGUCCACACCGCAGCCAAAACAUCAAUCAGUUUAAUAUAUUCAUAUUGACAUGACUUUGCAUUUUGUCUUUGUCUCAAAUACAUUGACACGUAGUUUUGUUGUUAUCAUAAAUAGCUACAUCCGCAUUUGUUAGUUUAUAAUUCAACUCUGCUGUGUUGUUGUUGUUGUUGUUACAGUAUAAACAGGUGGAGCAGUACAUGUCCUUUCACAAACUCCCCGCCGACAUGCGUCAGAGGAUCCACGACUACUACGAGCACCGCUACCAGGGCAAAAUGUUUGACGAAGAGAGCAUUCUGGAGGAGCUGAACGAGCCCCUUCGGGAGGUCAGGAGUCCUCAUCUUUUUGUUCUUGUCUUGAUAAUAACGCUGCUGAGUCAUCAUUAAGUUAACUUCUAUCACAAGUAAUGGGCCUUCCUGAGUAACCUUUUCCGAACCCUGCUCACUUAUGGUUUACAGAACACGGUUAAUCAAGUUGAGUGUGAUAAUUAUCUCUGAUUGUGGGCGUCCAUAAAUAACAGCUGCUUCUAAACAGGCAAAAUAUGAGAGAAAAUAUCGAGAAUUAAGAGUUUUUAGAGAAAAGUAUACCUGUGACAAACACUGUACAUUAAUAACUAAUUGCCUUAUUCGACGAUUUCUGUUACUUUCUCAUAAUGUCAAGGAUGAUUAACGUGUCUGUGCAUCAAACUCUAACUAAAUGAAGUGAGCAUCCUUUCUCUAAGUGGUUUACAGUUAAUUAUUUGCAUAAUCUAAUAUUGCUCCCUUACUUUGCACGCUUAUGUUAAUAGUCAUGUAAUCUGAUUAGUAAUGGCCGUAGACUGUAUGCGAGCAGAGAACUUCAUUAACGGAGCACUAAGCUGUUAACCUCCCUGCUUUUAUAAUGAUUGAAAUGUACACAUGCAGUAAUGCUGACAUGAGUGUGGCGACUCGGCUUAACUGGGCUAUCAUUUAUCCACAACAUUAUUUUUUUCCUGGUGUGUUUCUUCCGCAGGAGAUCAUCAACUUUAACUGUCGCAAACUUGUGGCUUCCAUGCCCCUGUUUGCCAACGCCGAUCCAAACUUUGUUACAUCCAUGCUGACAAAACUGCGCUUCGAGGUCUUCCAGCCGGGCGACUACAUCAUCAGAGAGGGAACUAUCGGCAAGAAGAUGUACUUCAUCCAGCACGGGGUGGUCAGUGUCCUGACAAAGAACAGCAAAGACACCAAACUCUCUGAUGGCUCUUAUUUUGGAGGUAAAGUCUGAAAUCAGCCCCCUUUGGGUGUUCUGCCUGCUAACAUAUUCUGUAUCUGGCCGAGAGUCAGCCUGGAUGUAUGUGAAGGAGCUGUGAUUGUAUGAUUUAUUUUGAUUUAUUUUGCUCCGGCACUCAGGAGAUUAACUCCCAGGACUAAUACAGCUGGGAAAAACUGUCCACAUCAUCUCCUUAAAAGGACACAGGACUAAGAGGAACAAAGCUUUGUGAUCUUUGAUUCCAUUUGCAGGGUUUUCCCUUCGGUUCACACAAUAUUAUAUUCAAAGUUGAAAUCCAACUCAUCAUUUGUCACUGCCCUUGAUACGGUCUCAAUCUGCUGCUGCUGCUGCUGCUGUUUGGAUUAAAGUGAAGUAUCAUCUUUAAACAAAACUAGAGGCACAUUUACUUACCUGCUUUUUUUUAAAUCAGAAAACAAUCAUCUUACAGCAAAAAUAUUCUGUUUUUUUUUUACUGUUUCUGUACCUUUAAACUAUCAUAAACACAUAGUCAUGGCUGGGUGUCAAACCAGCAAUCUCUGCGAUGAGGACAUAAGCCUCUGUGGUGCACACUUAAGCCACUAGACCAACAGGGCCUCUACAUCCAUAUAGGUUUGACAAAAAGAUGAUAUAACCGUAACAACAUGUGGAAAGCGAAACACAAGCAGAAACAGCUUUUAAAACUACGGGCAGAAAAUGCACAAUUUAACGGCUACACAACAAAUACUCGACGACAGGAAUCCUUUGUCAUCACGUAAAAUAAAUUGGUAAACAGGACAGUAAAAGAGAGCGCGUGUGAGUCUGUGUUUGUGUUUGUAUAUCCUCAAUAUGUCUGUCCUGAAAAAUAUGUCUCCUCUCUCUUUUUUUUUUUUUUUUUUUUUUGAAGUGGCGCAUUAUUUUAUUUUCCUGAUCUGGCACGACAGAUGAGGUCAGGACAAACUGUAAGCUGCAGAAAUUGCAUUAAGUGCUCCAUCUGUGGAGUUCAGAGGCAGCAGCCUUUUCAUGUUUUAUCGUCUCAUACUAAUAAUACUAUUUUAGCCUUUCCUUUUAUGAAUGGAUCUAAAGUGAUAUAAAUGUGCUGGUAAUGUAUCACCCAGCCUGUUUAUAAAAAGAGGGGAAUAAUCAUGUAACUCCUCAUGUUAAUGGCUGAUUUUAAAAACAUACUUGACAUUAAUCUCUGAUGUGUUUUCAGCAGGAAACAUUUUACAGAGAUAAUUGAAGGGUUUUUUUUUUUCGGCUGCUUUUUGCAGAAAUCUGCCUGCUGACCCGGGGCAGGAGGACAGCUAGCGUGCGAGCGGAUAACUACUGUCGGCUGUACUCUCUGUCUGUGGACAACUUCAAUGAGGUGCUGGAGGAGUAUCCCAUGAUGAGGAGGGCGUUUGAGACUGUAGCCCUUGACCGCCUGGACCGCAUUGGUGAGUCCUUAAGGGAAAUUUAACCCGUGGUCGCUUAAUAUUCAACAUUAAAUUACUUAACUCUUUAAUGCCUUUUGGAUCAUAUUUGAUACAUACUUUUAUGAUACUUCUAUCAAAUCAAUAUAAUCAACAAAUUACAAAAAAACCCCACUGUAAUACAGUACGAUAAAUGAUAAAAAUGUCCUCUUGUGGUUUAUCAGUUUCCAAAAACAUCUAAUGUAUCAAACGAGAUAAAUAAAUAUAUUUGUUAAAUUUUAAGGACAUUUUAAUCAUUUUUGGUUUUCAGUAGUAAGUGAAAUAAACAUUUCAGCUCCAAAAAAAAAAAAAAUUUUCUGGCCAUAAUUUGUGGUUUCAGGCAUUAAAUUACUUAAUCUACAAGAUACACUGUUAGGACAUGUCAAACUCUUUACCAGAGUUUGACAUGUCCUAUGUGUAUUUCUGAUAUUGUUUUGUUUUUUGUAAUAUAUAUAUUUUUGAAGGUUUGCACUCAAUUAUAUUCUAUUUCUUACUUUUGCACUCUGUACUAACCCAAAGAAAUGGUGGAUUUAGAGAUGAAGCUUUAUUAACUUUCUGGGAGUGUCCAUCAAGAGAGAAAGUCAAUUCAGUACUGAGCUACUUUUAUGUGUUUAUUUUAACACAGAAAAAAGCAUUAAUAAUAAUAAAAAUAAUAAUAAUAAUAAUAAUAGAUAAUAAUAAUAAUAACUUUAUUUAUAUAGCACUUUUAAAAACAAGAGUUUACAAAGUGCUUUAACAUGCAGGAAAACAAAGAAGAUAAAAACAACAGAACAACAACAAGAGAACACUGGGGGGAAAUGUCACAUUACUGGGAAUAAAGAAAUAAAAUAAAAUAAAAUAAAAACUGGUGGAAGACAUAAAAGUUUUGAUGAAUGUUGUAUGAAACGUCAUUAAAACAAAGACAUUAUGAGAACCUGUAAUACACGGCAAACACAGGAACCCAAUCACAAAAAUCUGAGACCGAGGGGACGAUUAUAAAACAUGAAUAAGAAGAGUAAAAGGAUUUAAAGAAGACAAAAUAAAAAAAGCAUAAAAUCAAGUCUAUAAAAAUGAGUUUUAAGACGUGAUUUAAAAGCAGUGACUGUUUCUGCACACCUGAAUUUUGAGGUAGUAAAGUGUUUACAUUAAGAGUGAAAGGGCAACGUUUAUUUUCCUGCUUUGUUAUCUUAACUUAGACUUCUGAAAUGCAGAAAAAAGCAGCAUCUUCUAUCAGGAUAGAGUUUGUUUGUUUCCUAAGAAGAGAUGGUUAAUUAAAAAAAUAAUUGUUUUGUCCAACUAAGGUAAGAUAAGGGAAGGGAGACUUCAUUGAUCCUGCAUGGGGGAAACUAUUUCACCACCAGGACAAGAAGACUCAUACAGACAACAAACAGCCUGGAGACAUCAGAAAAAAUAUAAACUCAACACCAGAUACACAACAAACACAGAAGAGGCCAAUUAAAAGUGGUACACUAAAAGAUAAGGACAUGAUUAAAUACAACAAAAGCCUGAUAAAAAGGAGUAAAUACUAAAAUAAAUACCUCAACAAACUAUGCAGCAGUGCCAAGUCAGACCCUAACAUACACUAACAUACGUCUAUUGAGAUUUAUAUCAAAUACUAAAACUCUGUCCUCGUCCCUUCAGCCAGUCUGUGUUCAUGUUAAAAUGAGUGUGAUAGAAGAGGAAGAAUCGGACAACCCUUUAAAUCUUUGCAAAUGUACUGAAUGUUAUAUGAUACUGUGCAUCACUUUGACGCUCUCUAGUCAAAGUGUCUCUAGUCAAAAUGUGUGUUACAUCCUGUCAUAAAUGAAAAACCAGAACUGCCAUGGCCUUGUUUGUGUUUCCUUUGCAGGGAAGAGGAACUCAGUUCUGCAGAAUAAAGUCCAGCAUCACCAAAGCUCGGGUACACUCAACUUCCAAGAGAGUGAGAUCAUACAAAGAAUAGUGCAGCAUGACCGUGACAUGGCCCAGUGCACACAGCUGAUCCAGACCAGCCUAAACCCCCCAGCACCACCAUCUCCCACCCCGGUCAUCUGGGCGCCUUUGGUUCAGGCCCCGCUCCAGGCUGCUGCUGCCACGACUCCGCUGGCUCUGGCCUUAGCUCACCAAUCCCAGCUGCCCCCCAUCCUCUUUCACCAUCCUCUGGCAGCAGGCUCUGGCUCCCUGAAAGACCCCACCAGCCAUCCAAAGAGGGUCUACGCUGGAGCCAACACAUCCAGCAUCUGUGGUUCUGGGCCUACAUCUCCUGCCAGCCCCUUUAGGUUGAGAUCUGGAAUUGAAACUCCCACACUGGCGUCCCUCAGGGCUGCUCAUCUUCCAACUGGGUCCGUGUCACCCACCCUGACGUCCCAGCCCAUCUUCACCAGCAGCCUGCAGCCUCUGGCCCCCAUGCCCCCUCACCAGCCCUCACCUCAUCCCCCUCACUCUGGUGUGGCCCCUGUCUUCCCCAUCGGUCAGACCACCGUCUCCUACACCUGCUCUGCCCAGCUCCACUCUCAGCCCUUCCAUGGUGCUAUGACCACCCCGCCUCACCCCAUUAGUUUACUCCAACAGGGGGCGCCAGGGAGGCUGGUAGGAAGAUUCCCAGCCCCCUCUGCCUCUGCCAUAAGUCCCCUGAUCUGCAGCUCAGUCGGACCCAUCCUAAGCCAGCUGCAGCCGACCUCUCACGGUAGUAUGCAGCAGAUGGGGUACAGUCACGACAGAGCAGGCAGGACAUCUAGUGGUCUGAGCCUCCCGCAGUUUCCCUUCAUCACCAGCACACAGCCCUCCACUGCAUUUGUUCAGCAGGGGUCUACAGCCGCAGCUGGGGCCGCAGCCUCCCUGGCUCAGCACAGCCUCGCAGGUCUCCAGUCUGUUUUUCUCCCCCAGGUUCUCCCCGAGCACUCGGCCCUCGCAUCCCUGGCUCAGUACGGCUCGGCAGAGGCCUCACCCUGCUACACUCCUCCUUUCCAAAGCCCCAGCAUACAGAGCCCUGUGAGGGGACGGACAGUUUACCACAGUGAGCUCCCCACUGCGGGCUCGCACAGCCCUCUUCUCCCUCAGACAUCAUGCCCCGCCAGGGUAGCAUGUUCCCCCAAAGAGAGGGCCGGGUCCUCGAUGGAUCUCUUUUCCCAGGAAAUAAAGACUAUCUCAGGCUCUCACAGCUCCAUACACCAGGAACGGCCUUUGGCCAUGAGCUGCUUCUCAGAGGGGGCACAAGGGGCAUCGAGCCCUUUCUCCUCCCCCAUGGCUGUCAGUAGACCUUACAGCCAAAUUCCGGGGCAAGCCACUCCCAUUAGUCGGACGCAUUCAGGGUCAGAACCUCAAAACCUGCCCUCUGGUGUUCACUCUCCUAAGGCUAAAUCUUCUGCUGCAACUUUAGAGACUGAACAGAAACAGUCCAAACUUCCAUCCAACUUGUGAGGUUCAGACACACCCUCCUUUAACGCCUGAACAAAAGGGAGACAAUCUUCUUCUUCUUCUUCUUCUCGGUGUUGGUUCAGCCACUGCUUUGUGAGAUUUUUAAGUAGGAGGGUGUGUUUUUCUAAUGAGACUGGAGAUCUGUGGUUUCAUUUUGAAUCAGCGUGAAUGGGUCUGAGAUAAUAAUGGACAGAUAUGGAAAUUUUUCUACAGGAUAUUGCAUCUCUGACUAUAGUAAUAAAAUCCAAAACCUAUCGAUGGGUAUAUAUAGCACCUCAUGAAAAUAUCAAUUGUUCUAUGUAUUGUAUUAUAACCACACUCUGUGAUUUGUUUGAACCCCAUUGUUUUUUCAAUUUUGUGUCAUUUAGCUUCUCCCAUCGAGUCGGAAACUCAUCCUCAACUGUAUCCAGAAACCAAAAAUGAUUGUCCUUUUUUGUGUCCUUCCCCACCACCGAGUGUGUCAAAUGAAUGCAGGGUUCCCCCUUUAAGAGAUUGGAGGAGACAGACUGUGCACUUUGCUCGUUUCAGAGAUCACCUAAGGUAACGGUCUGAUGAAGGCAUGUCUUCCAGGAGAGCUUUUCAGCAAUAUUGCACACCCUAAAUGGGUCACACAAAUCAGAUCACAUUCAGAGAAACUGAAGUAAUGAAUGUAAUGUAAUGUUUGUCUGCGUCUGAGUGGGAGAAGUGGGAUUAAUUUUUGAAUGUGUUGAACUCGGGGGCAAUGAUGGGUUUUUCUGUGGACUUCCUGAAAAGUUAAACUGGUUUCAGAGGUAACGCACACAUUUCUGUUUCGUGUCCCAAUACAGAACAUACGCCUGAGCCAAGGUUUGUGUGCCAUCAGCAUAGUAUGCAAUAAUCUGUUUUUUUUAUGGUUACUGUGAAUAGAAGCACUUGAGUCAAUGAGUGAGAUUCUGUUUUUAGAUAGAACAGAUUAAAACAAGGGAAUCAAAUGAAAUAAAAGCAAUCGUGGAUAAUCAAACGUCCUGAAACCAGCAAUGCACUAAGACUGAUCUGAAUGUUUCUUGCACCAGUCAAAGGGCUAAAAGCAGUUACUAGGACACACGGUUAACCAGAAACCCUGAUGGGUCAUAUUGCUGCAUAUUUACCUCUUUCAUUUCACGUUAUUUGAUUGUAAAAAAAAAAAAAAAAAAAUGGACAUCUUGUUGAACAAUUGCUGCUUUGUGAUGCUAUGCUAAAUCAAAAAGACGUCUACAAUGGACUGCUUUUUUAAAAAAUCAGACUCUUAAAAACCUACUCCUUACUGAGUUCAUGUGUUUGGAUAAUAUUUUUCUCUUUCUCUGUCUGGACCUGCGGCCGGUGAGGAACUGUGAGCAUCAAGCCGGUCAGCGGGUCAAACUCUCAGAGGAUCCUGUCCAGUGGCUUCAGCUGCCUGGUUACUGAACAAACCUGCAGUCUGUGGUGACUCUUAAGGGAAGAGAGAUACUGUCAGUCACUAGCCAGUCACUGCCAAUGGGCUGGAUCAAUCCCUCAUUACUAUUCUCCUCCAAACUCCCGCACCCCUACACCACAACACCACCACCACCACCCGCCAGAGGCAUCAGCUCGGACCGAGUGCAACAUUUCUUUGAGUGCAUUUAAGUCAAAAGUGUGUUUAAGAGAGGAGGUGUCAAUCAUUCAUCUAUUUAUAUAUUUAUAUCUCAUUUUGCUGCCUUUUAACCAACAAAUCUGAAGAUUCCAUCACCUAUGUAUGUUAGGAAUAUUUUAUUUUAGCUACUGAAUUCAAUGCAAUAAAAUAACAUACGAUCAAUGAU